CAGAAGCAAACUACGUACAUAAACAUUUCUGCUAAAUACAACUUUCCAGGUCUCUGCAUUUCGCUCCUCUCUGCUAAAUCGAUUCCUUCUCUAUUCAGUUCACCGCCAUGGAAGAUAGUGUGAUGACUAAUGCUGAAGAUGGGAAACCUGAUGGCUGAUGAAGCUGUAAAACCUGAUAUGCUGGAGGCCUGAAAAAGGAAACAAAUGCAAACGUGAGGCCAACUCAUGUUGCAGUUAAUAGAAAGAGACAUCUGAAUGUUGUAUUCAUUGGUCAUGUUGAUGCUGGAAAGUCCACCGCUGGUGGACAAAUACUAUUCCUUAGUGGUCAAGUUGAUGAUCGGACUAUCCAGAAGUAUGAGAAGGAAGCAAAGGAUAAGAGUAGAGAGAGUUGGUAUAUGGCCUAUAUCAUGGAUACAAAUGAAGAGGAGAGAGCGAAGGGAAAAACAGUUGAGGUAGGAAGAGCACAUUUUGAAACAGAGACAACAAGAUUUACAAUCUUGGAUGCCCCGGGUCACAAGAGUUACGUCCCUAAUAUGAUUACGGGAGCUUCUCAAGCCGACAUAGGUGUAUUGGUUAUAUCCGCUAGAAGGGGUGAAUUCGAAACUGGAUAUGAAAGAGGUGGACAAACACGUGAACAUGUUCAACUUGCAAAGACACUAGGAGUUUCUAAGCUCCUUGUUGUUGUAAAUAAGAUGGAUGAUCCUACUGUCGGCUGGUCUAAAGAAAGGUAUGACGAGAUCCAGUCAAAAAUGAUACCUUUCUUGAAAUCAUCUCAAUACAAUGUAAAGAAAGAUGUCCAGUUCCUGCCAAUCUCUGCUCUCCUUGGUUCAAAUAUGAAAGAUCGGUUGGAGGAAGGCAUAUGCCCAUGGUGGGAUGGUCCAUGCCUUUUUGAAGCUCUUGAUGCAGUAGAAGUUCCUCACCGAGAUCUUGAAAGUCCUCUAAGAAUGCCUACUAUCGACAAAUUUAAAGACCUGGGAACUGUUGUUAUGGGUAAAAUAGAAUCUGGGAGCAUUUGUGAAGGUGACAAUUUGUUGAUGAUGCCAAAUAAGGCUGCUGCAAAAGUAGUUUCCGUGUUCUGUGAUGAAGAUAGAGUCAGGUACGCAGAUCCUGGGGAAAAUGUACGAGUUAAGUUAUCUGGAAUCGAGGAAGAGGACAUCUUGUCCGGUUUUGUCUUGUGCAGUGUUGAAAAGCCCAUACCUGCAGUUACUGAGUUUGUUGCGCAGUUACAGAUCUUGGAGCUGUUUGACAAUGCUAUUUUUACUGCUGGCUACAAGGCUGUGUUGCAUAUUCAUGCUAUUGUUGAGGAAUGCGAGAUUGUUGAACUGAUGCAGCAGAUUGAUCCCAAGACAAAGAAGCCCAUGAAGAAAAAACCUUUGUUUGUGAAGAACGGAGCAAUCGUCCUAUGUCGUAUUCAGGUGAAUAAUACUAUUUGUAUCGAGAAAUUCUCUGAUUUUACACAACUUGGACGGUUCACUCUCCGCACUGAAGGGAAAACUGUUGCUGUCGGUAAAGUUACUGCUCUCCCUACUGUUGCUAAUAAUGCUUGAACAGCUUGAAAACUGAAAAGCAGUACUUGCUUUGGAGGUGUACUAUGAGACCUGAUCAUUUUGCAUGACCAUUUUCAUUAUUCGAACAAUGUUUUCGGAGGAAAGGUCAGUUGAGCUUAGAUGUUUACUGCACGCCUGGGGCAGCAGCAGAUGCAAUUUUUGUUCCUUUGCAGCAUUACCCUGGAGCUUAGUUGAUGUGUGGUGUGAUUGACGCACAAAUGUUCAGCAUUUUGGUGUCUGGUGUCUGCUUAGUGUGCUAUUGGUUCUGGUAUCCGUUAUAGUUUUAUAGUACCAUCCGAUGAUGGUGGUUGUUUUCUAGUUGCAGUGUGCAGUAUGUGUGUAUCCCGAUGUUGGUAGACAAUUGAUCCGUUUUACUUGCUGGUCGAUUGUAUGCAUCAAAAAUGCCUGAGUUCUCCCUUUGCUUAUAGCCGAACGCGUAUCAAUUAAUCAGUUGAAACACAAUUGCGCUGGUCUG